GACCUGGCUUGCCACAGAGUCAUUCCAUGAGGGAUUCAACGGGCACUUUGUUAGAUUAUGAUUGUGUUACCUUCAGUUGGUCCUUCUGGGAUUAGGAUGACAAUUUUUACAAGAUUUUAAAGCAAGAUUAUCAAGCCUGUCUACUCCAAGUCUUUCACUAAGUGAUUAUUAAGACCUGGCAAUAGCCUCCUGUUUUAUAUAGGCUCUGAAGAUAAUAAUCUUUGUCAAGAGAAGUCGGCUUCAUGUGUAAGAAGAGAAAACAAGAGAGAAAAACAAGCAGCAGUGCUGGCUACUGCAGAGCUGCCUGCAAAGUCCGUGGAUCUGGCUGCUGUUAACCUGACAGAACUGGUGAACGGGAUGCUGAGCACGGCACUCAGAGGUGAUGUUGCAGUGGCUGGGGAGGUGACAGGCUGCCAGCGGCAGUGAAGGAGAUAAAGAACUGGUGGUGUUAGCAGGAGAAGCCACAAAUGCAUGCUGUCUGCAUCCAAAAUUAAUUUUCAGAACAAGUUACACUUGUACAUUUUAAUGCAGACAUCUUCCUACCCCCAAAGAAUUUAUAAAUUAGUGUGUUCAUAGAUAGGCACAGCAUAAUUACUUACGGGAUGCCUUUAGAAAGCACUAUAUAAUCCAACGUAGGUUUGCUUGCUUGCUUUAUUUAUUUAUCUUAAGAAAGUAGUACUGAUGAACCAUCCCUCAGUGGUAAUGAAAAGGAAUUGAGUCUCAGGCACCUGCAUCAUAUCAGCAUCUCAGGAGUCUUUUUGAAAUCAAAUGAGCAGAGCCAAAACAUUCUGUUUGCAUAAUUUGUUCCAACUGCUAAUCAGAUGGGCACGUGUUUCUGCAGGUACCAAAAAGCUCUUCUCUUUGCUGAGCGUCACGUCCUACAGCUCGUUUGCCUUCCACAAAGUGUCAGUCACCAUUUAUAACAUUUCUAGCCUGAAAAACAUUGACCCUGGCAAGUUCCCGAUGCAUUACUGCUACUGUUUAAACAAUGUGACAAAUGACUUGACAGAUUUCACUGCUUUGCUUGUUGAUAUUAUUGGAAACUCUACCAGUUAUCUCACAGAAAUUUUCAAAUCUACUUCUAUCCUCUCAGUGCGUCAGAGCAAUGAUUCCGACUGUAUCUACAUCUGUGUGAUGACAGGUCAAACAGGGAGAAAUCUGUCUGACUUUUGGGAAAUGCUAGAGAAAUCUCCUGUUAUUAAUUACACAUUUUCCAGUAACACAUCUUCUGACCUGGAUUUAGAUUCUGUUUUUUCAAGUUUCAUGAAAUCACAGGAAGACUCAAACAAAACCGUGGAUCCAUCAGCAGAACAUCCAUGGACAUUUAAAAGUACCAGCACGCCUCUUGCCCUGAAAGGAGAGGACAGUCCUAACACAAGGCCCCCACCAUGGACAAAGAUGGUUAGUGUGAAGACAUCAGGGUUUCCAACCCUGCAUGUAGACACUUCAAGACCACGAGGCACAGCUGGAGCCCCUCCUGCUGCUGAAGGGACCUUAGUCACAUCAGCAGUUUUGCAGCCCAGCCCUGUAGCUGAUGCAAACAUGUUUUGGGUGCAGACUCUGCCUCCUCAAGAUGCCAACAAUCAGAUACAAACAGAACAAGAUUUGCCUUCCUCAGUUCUGUCUACUCCACCCUACCGACCUGGCCUGAUAUUGAAACUUCAUUCAGCUGCCCGGUGUCCACACGCAAUCCUCAAAGACCCAUACAUGACCUCACCUCCUGUCACCAUCAUGCUGCAGAAGAUCAAUCCCUGUCUGAUGGAGCUCUGCAGGUUUUUUCAGUUGUGCCUCUGUGUUGGCCAAAGAAGACAUUCCAUAAAGGAUGCCAUGAGGUACUGUGUUGAAUACUAUUCCUGGUUUUUGAAAAAUGCAAGUUAUGUCUGUGAAAGAGUCAAAAGAGUUGCUUACUCCCACACAUUAAAACAGAAAUGCCUUAAGAACAUCUGUAAAUCAGUCUAGAGCACUGAGGAAUUUUACUGCAGUUUGGGGAAUGGUGGUAGUUUUAGUAGUCGUUUUCACUUCAGUGUAAGAAAAAUCAGAUUGACAUACGUUAUUUGCAAAUAUGUGUAACAAGACAAGUUAUUAACCAGAUAUUAACCUAGAAAUCUGUCUUCCUCCAAAGCAAUGUGAAAAUGGUGUGUAAAAACAGAUGCAUUUUAUACAUGUGUUCUACCUGCAAUAAAAAAAAAAAAACAUUAGAAGGCUUUAUAAAAUUGAAUUUUAUAAGGAUUCUUAUAUUCUUAUAUGGUGCAUGUAAUAUAUUUUGCUAGAAUAGUACCUAAUUAACAUAAUGUAAUCAAAGUGAAAAAAUAUGGAAAAUUUAAAAGCAAUCUGAAGUACUGAAAUAUUUCUGGAAGUCCACGUGUACUGCCUGAGUCCAAAUCAAGUGUCUCCCAUUGCUUUAGUAACUCAUUUAGUGCAGAGCUCUAAAUGAAUUGCACAAUCCUAUAUUCUGCUACUUUGGAGCAAUGCAAUUCCUUGGUCAACUCCAAGUACAUGAUCAAGGCAUUAAAAUAUCCAACAAAAGAAGAGUAUUUGCAGAGCAUGUGCUAUGCAUUGAUAUUUCACUGAAGAUAUCUGUGUGUUCAAAGUAUGCGUAUGUUAUUUGUUACAAUCAUUAUUCACAUUUUUUUUUUGUUUUUGGGAAUUGAGGAAGAAGGACAUGCAAAGAUGGACAUACAUACGGGAGGAGGAAGAAAAGGAUUUUGACUUUCUGUAUUUCAGGUUUUAACUGAAAGAAAAUAUCAAAUGAAAAAAUAUUUUCAUAAAAAGCUUCCCUUUGAAAAAGUUUUUUCUGUUUUUACAUGUUUGGCUUCUAUUGUUGUUCUCCAUGCUAUUGGAGGCUUUUGCAUUUGUAAGAAAUUAUUGGCUUCUGUAUUUCUCCUGAAGAAAUAUGAGUCCUAGGACAGAGUAUUAACCUCCGUAGUAUGGUAAGUCUGAAUCAUGUCUGACAAUGUGUGUAGGUCACAGCUAUCUCCAUUUUAAAGUCCUGGAAAGGGUUGAGAACUAAUACUUUGUGUUCAUGGGGAGAGAAUUAGCAGGUGCCACACAGCAAUAUGAGUCUUGUGAAAAGAGCUAAUAUCACAUGUUCUGAAGGACAGCUUUCUUGUCCCAGUUGUUCAAGACUUACUGCUUGAUUUGCCCACAAGAAAAAUAAAAAAUAAUGGUUGAAAAAAGAAAAAGAAAAAAAAACACUAAAUAAAAGAAAGAAUAAAAACCAAGGCUUCAUGAGAAAGGAAGGAAGGAAGGAAGG